CAGUUGUUUCCUCAUUUCAAGAAAGGCUUCUUUCAUCUGUAAUGCUGUCCAAUAAGAAGUUAGACCCAGGUUCCUCCUCUUCCUCGGGGGGUAACGGUGGAGACCGUGCUCUUGAAACCCUCUCUGCUCCUCAAGCUGGUCCGGCCGUUCCCUCUGGCCCAGGUUCUGCAGAUGUGAAAAAGAAAGAGAGAGCUUCUCCAAGUGGAGAACCAGGUGGACCUCCUCUUUUGCACCCUCCUGCACCAGGAGGGGUUGAUCAAGAUUCUGCAGAGGGACGCAGGACCAGUCGCCGUAAAAGAGCAAAGCAGGUGGAGUACAGGGAGAUGGAUGAGAGUCUCGCCAAUCUGUCGGAGGAUGAGUAUUAUUCAGAGGAAGAGAGGAACGCUAAAGCUGAGAAAGAAAGGAAACAGGUAAUUCCUCCACCACCCCCACCAAUAGAAGAGGAGAAUGACAGCGAACCUGAGGAACCGUCAGGUAUAGUCAGAGGUGUAGAGGGAGCCGCCUUCCAGAGCCGCCUCCCACAUGACCGUAUGACAUCACAGGAAGCUGCAUGCUUCCCUGACAUUAUCGGUGGACCACAGCAUACUCAGAAAGUAUUCUUGUACAUCCGGAACCGAACGCUUCAACUGUGGUUGGACAACCCCAAAGUUCAGCUGACCUUUGAGGCAACUGUGCAGCAGCUAGAAGCUCCAUACAACAGUGAUGCUGUCCUAGUGCACCGGAUACACAGCUACCUGGAGAGACAUGGGUUCAUCAACUUUGGUGUCUACAAGAGAGUAAAGCCUCUGCCAACAAAGAAAACUGGAAAAGUUAUAGUGAUUGGAGGUGGGGUGUCAGGGCUGGCAGCAGCCAGACAGCUGCAGAGUUUUGGGAUGGAUGUGACUGUUCUUGAAUCAAGAGAUCGUGUGGGAGGGCGAGUGGCCACUUUCAGGAAAGGGAACUAUGUAGCUGACCUGGGUGCUAUGGUGGUGACUGGACUGGGCGGAAACCCUAUGGCUGUAGUCAGCAAACAGGUCAACAUGGAGCUGGCUAAAAUCAAACAGAAGUGUCCACUCUAUGAGGCCAACGGACAAGCUGGAGAACGCUGCACGAGUGUCCCUAAAGAGAAGGAUGAGAUGGUAGAGCAAGAGUUCAAUCGUCUGUUAGAGGCAACGUCAUACCUCAGCCACCAGCUCGACUUCAACUUUCUCAACAACAAACCUGUGUCUCUGGGACAAGCACUGGAAGUAGUGAUACAGCUGCAGGAGAAACAUGUGAAAGAUGAGCAGAUUGAACACUGGAAGAAGAUUGUGAAGACUCAAGAGGAGCUUAAGGACCAUCUGAACAAGUUGGUGGCUACUAAGGAGAAAGUUAAGGAGCUGCAUCAGCAGUAUAAAGAGGCCAGUGAGGUAAAGCCACCCAGAGACAUCACAGCUGAGUUCCUGGUGAAGAGCAAACACAGAGACCUCACGGCACUCUGCAAGGAGUAUGAUGAGCUGGUGGAGAUGCAGGUUAAAUUAGAGGAGAGACUGCAAGAGCUGGAGGCCAACCCACCCAGUGAUGUUUAUCUGUCUUCGAGAGACCGACAGAUUCUUGACUGGCACUUUGCUAACCUUGAGUUUGCCAACGCUACACCUCUUUCAACACUCUCACUCAAACACUGGGAUCAGGAUGAUGAUUUUGAGUUCACGGGAAGUCACCUAACGGUGCGGAAUGGAUACUCAUGCGUUCCAGUGGCACUUGCAGAGGGUUUGGAUAUCAAACUCAACACUGCAGUGAGACAAGUCCGAUACACAUCAUCUGGUUGUGAGGUGAUUGCGGUGAAUACGCGCUCCACUACCCAGACGUUCAUUUAUAAGUGUGAUGCCGUGUUAUGUACACUUCCUUUGGGAGUGCUGAAGCAGCAGCCGCCAGCCGUGCAGUUUGUGCCUCCCCUGCCAGAAUGGAAGACGGCUGCCGUCCAGAGAAUGGGCUUUGGGAACCUCAACAAGGUUGUGUUGUGUUUUGAUCGAGUAUUCUGGGACCCCAGUGUUAACCUCUUUGGACAUGUGGGAAGUACUACGGCCAGUCGAGGGGAACUGUUUCUCUUCUGGAAUCUCUACAAAGCUCCCAUAUUGCUGGCUCUGAUGGCAGGAGAGGCUGCAGGCAUUAUGGAGAAUAUCAGUGAUGAUGUCAUCGUGGGCCGUUGUUUGGCAAUCCUCAAGGGCAUCUUUGGAAGCAGUGCAGUACCUCAGCCAAAGGAGACGGUGGUGAGUCGCUGGCGUGCCGACCCUUGGGCCCGUGGGUCUUACUCGUAUGUAGCGGCCGGUUCAUCUGGUAAUGACUACGAUCUCAUGGCCCAGCCCAUCACACCUGGUCCUGCCAUCCCCGGAGCCUCACAGCCUGUUCCACGUCUUUUCUUCGCGGGUGAACACACAAUCAGAAACUAUCCCGCAACGGUCCAUGGCGCUUUGCUGAGUGGGCUGAGGGAGGCAGGAAGGAUUGCUGAUCAGUUUCUGGGAGCCAUGUACACUAUGCCACGCCAAGCCACUGCCAAUCCAAACCCACAGCCCUCCCCCAGUAACCAAUAAACGUCUAAACCCACACA